AUGGUGUACCGUGUGGUGCUGUUCGCGGCCUUCGCAGCGGUCGCGCUGUUAACGGAAAGUGAUGCCGUGCUGUACCCGGUUAGCCCUAACGCGGCUGUGGACGAAGAAGGCAUGAUGAUGCCGUACGAUCGAAUAUCGUUGGAUGACUGUCAUAUGCGCUAUUGGAAGGAAGGAAACAGAGGAUUGGUAGCACCGGCUUACGGUCAACCGGCGCUGUUGCGAGAGUUUGCACACAUCGCCGCCAUCGGUUGGACCAAAGAGGACGGUACGGUGGACUGGGCGUGCGGCGGAUCGCUGAUAUGGGAGAACUAUAUUCUUACUGCAGCUCAUUGCGCCGCAAACGAUGAUGAUGUUGCUCCCGAUGUGGCACGAAUGGGUGACCUGAACAUCUACAGCGACGAGGAUGACGACUACGCGCAGGAGAGGAAGAUCGUAAAGAUCAUACGCCAUGAGCAGCACCGGUUCAGCGCCCGCUACUACGAUGUGGCGCUGUUGAAGCUAGAUCAAAACAUUAUCGUGCACGAGACCGUAGCUCCGGCGUGUCUCUGGUUGGACGACGAGGUACGGUUCCCCAAGCUGUUUUCGGCCGGCUGGGGAAGAACUGGAUUCGGCGAGGGUAAAACUAACGUCCUGCUGAAGGUCGAUCUGACGCCGAUUAGCAACGAGAAUUGUUCACAGUUCUAUAAACCCGGUGACCGAGGACUACGCGCUGGGCUUCACGCGCACCAUCUCUGUGCUGGGGACGAGAAGAUGGACACAUGCCCGGGAGACUCGGGUGGACCGCUCCACGUGAAGUUGCUCCACAACGCCAAGAUGAGUCCGUUCCUUGUCGGAGUCACAUCGUUCGGGAAACCGUGCGGACAGGCGAACCCGGGGGUGUACGCUCGGGUUUCCGCUUUCGCCGAUUGGAUCAUUGAAACGCUGCAGAAGGAGGGCGAAACGGAGGCCACGCCGGUACAAUUCCAACCAUGGGCCUGCGCCCUACGUUACGUGCAUGUACGCGAGUACGAGGAUGAUGUGGUCGUCUCUCGGUCGAAAAACUAUGAAGAAUACAACUCGGACAAAGCACACCUUGUCCGCGGUGAUAGCAGACAUCGGGUCAUGUUACAGUGGCCGAACUCUCUUCCGCCCGCACGGAACAAUUGCUCCGGGACGCUGUUCGAGCGUGACGCGGUGGUAACAUUGGCAGACUGUGCCACUCACAUGGGAGCCACCCCUUCGAGAGUGAUCUUAUCCAAUGGAAAGUAUCUGGAGGUAACUGAAACCAUCGUGCAUCCUAACUACACGCAAGCCGGGGGACGCUAUUACAACAACAUUGCAGUGUUGAAGCUAGUCGGAGCCGCAUCUUUCAUACCGGCAUGCGUUUGGUACAACGACACCAUACCAGAUCCACAGUUUGAGGUGAUCGGAAGUGGUCGAUCGGAUCUCGUCGGAUACAAUCGGGAUGAACCAGUAACUUCAUUCGAUCCCACUGUUGUACCGAUUUCGCCACGAGCAACCCUACGCUCGAACACCGACUGCCAGUUGGCUCGCCAGUAUCGGGAGCAACUGUCCCGUGGCCUACAGAAUGAGCACGUCUGCUUCCAGAACAAACCGUUUUUGGUUCCGCAGACGUGCAAUCAGUUGUUCGGUGCACCGAUCGAGCGGGAGAUGUGGCGCUUCGGGCGGUACUUCAACUACGUAUAUGGAUUCAACCUGUUCGGGCGAGAUUGUGGCUUCGGGGAACCGGCCGUGGCCGUACGGCUGAACGCGCAUCGACCGUGGCUUGAGUCGGUGAUGCUGCCGAAUAUUCAGCGAGAUCCAACCGGUAGCGCUAAGGACGCCAGCAGAGACGCGGUGAUCUUUAUCAAUCCCGACCUGGAGCUGUCCGAUCGUUGCAGUUACGCGGGCGGAGUGAAUGGUGUCUGUGUGGAACAGGAACGUUGCCCAGGCAUACGGCAGCGCAUGGCCAGCAAUCUGCCGGUAAUGCUUUGUUCUAGUGGAACGGUCGUCUGCUGCCCGCAGGCGGACAUCAAAAGGCCACCGACCCCUCUCGAGCAGGAGUUCAACGAGUGCGAGCAGCGCUAUCGACACCUGCGAAAGCAACGUCAACAACGCUGGGACGGUUUGCAACCAUUGAGUAGAAGAUUGUCACACGUUGUUGAACUGGGUUGGGAGAAUGGACCGGAGAUUUCAUUCCGCUGCUAUGGAUACCUCAUCAGCACGAAGGGUAUCGUUGCUGCUGCGUCCUGUCUGAUGGCGCAGGAAGUCUUUCCGGCUGUGGCUAGGCUAGGAGGACUGUACAGCCACUCACGGCCCGAUGUCGCCAUUAUCCCGGUCGAGACCAUCGCAAUCCAUCCGGAAUUCAAUCAAACCACCUUCAUGAACAACAUUGCCCUGGUGAAGCUUACGAUGGCUGUGCAACCCACGGUCACGAUGUUCCCGGGAUGUGUUUGGCAGAACGUAACGCACACCCCGGUAGAGUUGGAAUUGCAUCGAACAGCACAAUCCGCUCCGAUCUAUCCGGUGUACCGUAGAGAUUGCGACGCUCGGUUCGUUCGCCCAUUCACCGAUCCGCGCCAGAUCUGCAUGGUGCCCGGUGUGACGGGGCCAGAGGAACACUGCUACGCAUCGGGCAGUCCGAUCGUGUUUCAAAAGUACGACGAGAAGAACCUUUUCACCGAGUACCUGGUUAACAUCUACAGUCACGGACAGUGCAACUCAACUGCGCUCCGUGUCGUGCAUCGUGUCUCGAUGUACAUCGAUUGGUUUAAGGAAGAGCUCGAGGACUAGUGAUCUACCUUAACCCGAUGGUCUUGAUGUCAUGUAUACCAGCAUAUAGCAGCAUUUUGGAAAAUUAUGAAGCAUUUUUAUCAUAAUAAAAAUG